CUAGUGUUUAAUAGCUACAAGUUUAACAGGCUGAAAGCUAACGAGAUCUAAUUUUCUACAUGGAAGGUUAACAUCUCUAAUGUCAACAUCUGGAAUCUGUGAUAUUGUUUUUCUUUGAUUUUAUGUUGGUGAACUAAUGCGUUUGAUAAGAUAUAAGGUUUUGCGGAAUUGUACGCAGUGGUGUGACAUCAUCGUUUAUCGUUAAAGUUACAGUUCUUUGAAAGUUUCACAGAAAAAUCAGGUUCAAUAUGAUAAAUCGUGCAAUUCAGAAUCCAACGGAGAACACAGUUCCCUAUACAGUAGAUUUUAACGAAGUUCCUUUGAGUGCUUUACGACAACCAACAUAUCAAUUAUUGUCAGCGCUGCUAAAUCGCAAAAAGAUUUUCAAAUCAGAAGAAGGAUAUUGGCGUGAUUGGAGAGGUAUGUUUCAAGCUAUCGGGUUAGAAAAUCAUUAUAUAUCUGAACUGGAGAAUAACGCUAAUCCUACAAAACGGGUGCUUCAACUGUGGCAACAAAUGUCAGACAGCAUUAAACUUUCGGCUAAUUUGAAAGAACUGCAAAAUGUACUUGGUUUCAUUGACCGGUGGGAUGUACUGGAUAGUAGCAACAAAUACCUUGUCGAUGACGCCAUGUUAUUUUUGACUGAACGUCAUAAAACAUUGUGUAAAAAGAGUAAAUUGAAAUUAGAAGAGGAAAACAAUAUAGAUGAUUAUUUAGGAUUGGAUGAAGACAUUAUUACAAUCGAUGACACACGCAGUAAAAAACAAAUUUAUGAUGCAUUUGUACUGUUCGCUGAUGCAGAUGUGGAAUUUGCCACAAAAAUGAUAGAACGACUAGAAGAGCGACAUUUGAAGGUUUGUGUGAAAGAUCGAGAUCUCUUAGCAGGUAUAAGUUUUGAGCAUGAAGCAAUUAUUCGGUUAAUAUCUGAACGAUGCCGUCGGUUGGUGAUUGUUAUUUCGAAGGAGUUUCUUAGCAGUCCGCUCAAUGAGUUUUUUGUUACAUUUGCACAAGCAUUGCAAAUAGAGCAGAAAAAACGUAAAAUUAUUCCAUGUGUUUACAAACGGCUGUUGCUACCACCGAAUCUGCAGUUUUAUUUUACAUUAGAUUACGAGCGGUCUAAUAAAUUGUACAACUUCUGGGACAAGUUAGAAGAUGCGAUAAAAGCAAAAAAAGAACCGUCGAUGUCGGAGAUUAAGAAAGAAUCGAAAUCAGUAGAUUCCCUAACAGUAGCUGCUUCCAUAACAAGUACUUAUGAGCCGUCGCUAUCGCUAGCCACGGAAUCAAUACCCGAGAAACAAUCAAAAGAGCUUGUAACCGUUGUUCCAGCACAAGAUAUAACUUCACGGCAAUCAACUAAAAGUUCGCUAGUGUUUCCAAGCAUACCUGGCACUGCGCUCCCGAACGAGCACAAGAAACGAAAAUGGUUCAAAUUUACUCUACCGUCACCCGAAAACCGUAAAACAGAUGAAGGGAUAACUGAUAACCAGAAGAAAAACAAAACUAAGUGGUACAAAUCUAACAAAAAAAUUGCAACCGCUCUGUGAUAUUGGCAAUUAUAAAUGCUUCGAUAUUAACAAAACUAUCGUGCUGUAAUAGUGUAAUGUUCGGCCUUAAACUUGAAAACUCCGCGUUCUGCCGAAUACAGAUGGUUUUUUCGAAUAUACCAUCAACAUCAAUAGGAUUGGCAGCAUUUGAUUUCACAGCAAUAAUGUUUUAUAUAUACCUAACAAGAUGAAUUCAGCUUAGAUUUGGUAAAUAUUUUGUGAAUCGAGAGGCCUUAUCUUAGAAUUGAAGAAAGUUUAGAGAAAUUUAUAUCGUUUAUCAUAUAUUUAUAUAUUUACAACAUUGUUGCUAAUGAUCAGGCAAAUUGAAACUUAACAUUGGAUUAAAAAUUGCGAAUAGCUCGUUAAAGACCAAUAAGAACGUAAUUUGCGCUGGCACAAUGUUUCUGGUUGCUGUUUUAUAAGAAAAACUAGCAGUUAUGUGGUAAAUUAAAUUUUAAGUACUUUAACAUCUCACCUGAACCAAACCUAAAAAAAAAAAUCACAGGAGGGUUGUGUGCAAAGCCACGACCGCAAGGUUGAAGUAGAAUACUUCUACAAGCAAGAUAACCCGGCUGCUUGCGUGUCAAUCAUUUUGAAAUCGUAUUUGUUUCGUAUAUGCCGCUUGUUAAGCACAUUAUCAACAAUUCGUAAUAAACAUCACACUGCUGUGCAUUUGCAACAGCAUCAAAUCUCA